AUGCUGGCUGACAGUGAAAAGGCAGCCUUGUGUUUUGUGCAAACGGCGCUCUAUGGAGAGUACCAAGAGCACCAGGGGGGCUCGGGCCGACGGGAGGCCACCCGCCGGCUGACCGAGAGACAGAUCAAGAAGCACGGCAGCCAUCCCCACGGCCACGGCAAGAACCGCCACUCGCACGGCCGCCACGGGCACGGCCGCCACGGCCACCACGGUCGCCAUGGAGACGGCAGCCACAGCAGGCAGCGGGGCAGGCUUCAGUCCAGCAAGGAGGCCGGGCCUGUGGAGGGGCAGGCAGCUGAACCGGGCCAUACGUCCUCUGUAAAGAAAAAACGCUCCUACUCCAAGUGUCGAGACUGCAUCGCCCGAGUGCAGCGGUUUCUGGUGACCAAGCUGGGGGAGGACUGGAUCUUCCUGGUCCUGCUGGGCAUCACCAUGGCGCUGGUCAGCUGGACGAUGGACUACGCCAGCGCCAAGAGCCUACAAGCCUACAAGUGGAUCCACGGGGAGCUGAAGGGGAACAUCCCCCUGCAGUACCUGGCCUGGGUCGCCUAUCCCCUGAUGCUCAUCCUGUUCUCCUCCCUCUUCUGUCACCUGGUCGCCCCACAAGCCAUCGGUUCUGGUAUCCCGGAGUUAAAGACCAUCCUGCGAGGCGUCGUGUUGAAGGAAUAUUUGACUCUCAAGGCGUUCAUCGCCAAAGUCAUCGGGCUGACUGCCGGCCUGGGCAGCGGCAUGCCCGUGGGGAAGGAGGGCCCGUUUGUGCACAUCGCCAGUAUCUGUGCCGCUGUUCUCAGCAGGUUCAUGUCCUUCUUUUCAGGAGUUUAUCAGAAUCCAUACUGUUACACAGACAUCCUGACAGUGGGCUGUGCGGUCGGGGUGGGCUGCUGCUUCGGUACUCCUCUAGGAGGCGUGCUGUUCAGCAUCGAGGUGACAUCCACAUAUUUUGCAGUGAGAAACUACUGGAGAGGCUACUUUGCUGCUACGUUCAGCGCCUUCAUCUUCAGAGUGCUGUCCGUCUUCAACAAAGACGCAGUGACCAUCACUGCUCUGUUCAGGACAAAAUUUCGUAUGGAUUUCCCCUUCGACCUGCAGGAGCUGCCGGCAUUCGCCAUCAUCGGGAUCUCCUGCGGCUUCCUGGGAGCGUUCUUCGUCUACCUCAACAGGCAGGUGGUGCUGUUCAUGAGGCGGCCCAACGCCAUGACCCGCUUCCUCACCAGGCAUCGGCUGAUCUUCCCCGCUGUGGUGACCCUGGUCAUCGCCACGCUGACCUUCCCACCCGGGUUCGGACAGUUCAUGGCAGGAGAGCUGAUGCCCCGGGAGUGCAUCAACUCUCUGUUUGAUAACUUCACCUGGACGAAGGUGUGGGGCUCCGCCCCCCCGGCCGGCCUGGGCCGCUCCGCCGCCUGGCUCCACCCCGACGUCAGCGUCUUCGUCAUCCUGCUGCUCUUCUUCCUCAUGAAGUUCUGGAUGUCUGCAGUUGCCACCACCAUGCCCAUCCCCUCUGGGGCCUUCAUGCCCGUCUUCAUACUGGGCGCCGCGUUCGGCCGGCUGGUGGGCGAGAUCAUGGCCACCCUGUUUCCUCACGGGAUCGUGUUCGACGGCAUCCUGUACCGCAUCAUCCCUGGAGGGUACGCAGUCAUUGGAGCAGCUGCGCUGACCGGUGCGGUGACUCACACCGUGUCCACGGCGGUGAUCUGCUUCGAGCUGACGGGCCAGAUCUCCCACAUCCUGCCCAUGAUGGUGGCGGUGAUCCUGGCCAACAUGGUGGCUCAGGGCCUGCAGCCGUCCCUGUACGACUCCAUCAUCCAGGUCAAGAAGCUGCCCUACCUGCCGGAGCUCGGCUUCGGGCACAUCAGCCAGUACAACAUCUUCGUGGAGGACAUCAUGGUGAGGAAGGUGAGGUUCAUCUCCUUGCACUGCUCCUGCAGAGAAGUCAUCCAGCUGCUGGACUCCACAUCCCUCAAGACAAUCCCACUGGUGGACUCCAAAGACUCGAUGAUCCUCCUGGGCAGCAUCGACCGCCUGGAGCUGCUGGCUCUCUGUGAUUGGUGGCUGUCGGCGGAGAGGCGGAUCCUGACGCAGGGCCGGAGCCUGCAGGAGCAGAACCAGUGCGCCAAACACAGCUGGGAGUCCUUCGCCUUCGUCGAUGAAGAGGAGGAGGAAGAGGGAGAGAAGGGCGGCCCGGUGCAGGAGGAGAGGAACGGCCCCCUGCCCUCCCCCAAACCCCAGGAGCCGUCCUCAAACCACACCGCCACUGUCCCCGACAAAGGUCCUCUGCAGUCCGUGAGGUCAACACUCAGGAAUCUCUUCACAUCCAAGGACAGGAAGGCAGAGGGACAGUCACAGGAGCCCUCGCCGCCUCCUCUGUCAGACACAAUGACACCGGAGGAGAUUAAAGCGUGGGAAGAGGCAGAGAUGGACAAGCCAAUGGAAAUCGAUCAGAUCCGAAUAGACCCCUCCCCUUUCCAGCUGGUCGAGAGGACGUCGCUGCACAAGACCCACACAUUAUUCUCAUUACUGGGGCUAAGUCAUGCUUAUGUCACCAGCAUCGGCAAACUGGUGGGGGUGGUGGCGCUCAAAGAGCUCCAGAAGGCCAUCGAGGGCUCCACGCGCUCCGGCGUCCGGCUCCGCCCCCCUCUGGCGAGCUUCCGCGACGUCAGCAGCCGCGGCUCCGCCUCCAAGCCGCCGCAGGCUCCUCCCACCGCCUCCUGCGCCGCCUCCGCCCCGUCCUCGCCUUCCGCCGCCUCCCCUCUCUCGGCUCCGGCGCCGCCCCUCGAGCUCCCGCAGCCCUCCUCCUCGCCGCUCCACCACCAUCAGCACCAGCACCACCACCACCACCAUCAUCAUCAUCAUCAUCAUCAUCCUCCAAACGAGAUGGAGGUGUGGAUCGAGGGCGUGACGAGGGAGGUGGAGGAGAGCGGCAGCAGCAGCGGCAGUGGAAGUGGAAGUGGAAGUGGAAGUGGAAGUGGGACCUGCAGCCCCACCAGCAGGAGCAGCAGCGACAACAGCAGCCUCACGCUCCCUCCCUCCUCCUCGCCUCCCCCCAUCCCUCCCUCCUCCACUCCCUCUCCUCCUCCUCCCCCCUCCCCUGACACCUCCAUCCCUCUGUCCUCCCUGAGGCCUGCGCAGGGACACGUCGAGGAGGAGGAAGACAGCGACGAUGAGCCCAUGGUUUAG